AUGGGGGUGCUGACAUUCCCCAGUCUGUACAAAGACAACAAGCUGCAUCUGUUUGCACAAUGGACGACUGACAGGGACUGGAAAACGGGCUGCUACAACGCGGACUGCCCGGGGUUCGUGCCGUGCAAAGACAGCUUCGCUGGGGUACCCAAGCCUGGGAUGGUCAUCGAGGAGCUCUCCUCCUACGGCUCGACCGACUCCAGCGUCAUCCUCCAGAUUGUCAAGGACGAGCGGCCAGGCAUCGGCGGCGACUGGUGGCUGUACCGCGUGGCCGGGCCCGUGCGGUUCCCGCUGGGCCACUGGCCCGCGUCCCUGUUCACGAGCCUGUCCCGGCACGCGAUGGAGGCGGCGUGGUACGGCGCCGCGGGCUUCGCGCGGCGCGGCGACGACCCGCCGGCGAUGGGCAGCGGGCGCGGCCCCCGCGAGGGGCCCGGGCGGGCGGCCUACUUCGCGGACAUCAGCCUCAUGGACAACAUGGCCUACCCGGUGGACGACCCGAGCCUCGGCGGCGUGACGGCCAUGCUGAACGCCGAGCGGUGCUACCAGGUGGCCAUGGACGCCGGCGGCCGCAACACCUUCUUCUAUGGUGGGCCCGUCAGCAAUUACUGUGUGUAA